UUGGGCGCUCGCAGUGAGCGGAAGUUGCGCGUUUAUCAACCGGACUACGCAAAACAUGCGAAAAGAAGGUUGUAAUGCUAAGGCUCGGGCCGACGGUCCCCACCGUGCCACGAAGGGCGGGGAUGCGAUUGGCGACCGGCCGAAGGCAGACACAUCUGACAUGUCAUUUGAGGAGCUGUUGAGAUUACAGAGCCAAGUGAAACCCAAGACAUCCAAACAAUUGGUAGCUGGAAACAACACUAAAACCCAAAGCCCCAGACAACCAGCGUGUGUCUCCGAUAAGCACCGGCCUCUGGAAAUGUCAGCCAAAGUCCCCGUACCGUUCUUGCGCCAGGUGGUUCCCAUCAGCAAAAAGGUCGCCCGGGACCCCCGCUUUGAUGAUCUGUCAGGGGAAUAUAACCCUGAAGUGUUUGACAAAACUUACCAGUUCCUGAAUGACAUCCGGGCCAAGGAGAAACAGCUUGUGAAAAGGCAGCUGAAGAAGCACCGCUCAGGGGAGAAGCAUGAGAAGCUGCAGCAGCUGCUUCAGCGGAUGGAGCAGCAGGAAAUGGCGCAGCAGGAGCGCAAGCAGCAGCAGGAGCUGCGCUUGGCCUUGAAGCAAGAGCGGCGGGCUCUGGCCCAGCAAGGCCAUCGGCCAUACUUCCUGAAGAAAUCUGAGCAGCGCCAGCUGGCCCUAGCUGAGAAGUUCAAGGACCUAAAACGCAGCAAGAAGCUGGAGAGUUUCUUGAGUCGAAAGAGGCGCCGGAAUGCAGGCAAAGACAGGAGACAUCUCCCUCUGAGCAAGGAGCACUGAGGAAGGAACUGUCCCAGACACCUGGAUCUGUGGGACAAGUCUGGGGUUGGCCAGUUCUGGUUCUUUGCUGCACAGAGGCAAGCAGGACAUCUGCCACUGAUCUGGGCUGACUCAGAAGGCUCUUAGACUGUGUUAGGACUGCAAGCAGCAGGCCUGCAGCCUUUCUGGGAUCUGGUCUGUGAAUAUCUGGUCUCAUGUUCUCAUCCCAGCCUUGCCUUAAGCCAGUGACUCAAAUGAGAAGGGGUGUGGGCUGUGGUCAUGUGAGCUUUCAGGGCAGGGACUUCAUGUAAGAGCCACUUACAUGGAAACGUACUUGUUUCUCCUUGUUUUAUUCUGUUUCAUUGUUGUUUGGUUUUCAAGACGGGGUUUGUCUACAGCCCUGGCUGUCCUGGAACUCCCUCUGUAGCCCAGGCUGGCCUCAAACUCACUGCCUGCCUCUGCCUCCCAAGGUGUGUGUCAGCACUGCUCGGCGGCUGCUGCUGCUGCUGCUGCUGCUGCUGUCUGUUGCUCUUCAGUUGUGUGUACGUGUCUGUGUGGGUUUGCGCAUGGCUGCAGGGACCUUUGGUGCAGCAUCGACUUCCCGGUGGAGCUGGAGUCACAGUGCUUGUGAGCUGUCCAGUGCGGGUUCUGGGGACCAAGCUCGAGUCCUCUGUAAGAGUAGAACACACUGACUCUCUGAACCAUCUCUACAGCCCCUGUUUUUGUUUUUAAUGGGAGCCCUAGAACUGUUGUUUCAGUGGGCUGUGUGUGUGGAUCUACAGUGUGAAAAGUCAGAUCAGGGGGCCCUCUCUCCAUCUUAAAUCUGGGCCCUGAAAAGAUGUCUAAGGGGUGAAUCAGCCCUACCGGUGACAGAGUGGGACGUGGGAGGUAGCGUGUUAGUCAGUUUUGCUAGCGUAUCCCUGCGAGGCCUCAGGCCAUGGCCAUUGGCUCCCGUGCUUCAGGGCCCAUGUGUAGUAAGGCAGAGCCUCAGCUGCAGCAGUGUCCUGCCUCAUGUCCGGAUUGUGUGUCAUCAGUGACACACCCUGGGGACAUUCUGUAUAAAGGAUGUCACUAUGAUUGUCCGUGUGUGUCUUGGUUAGCUUUCUACUUUUUUUUUUUUGGUUCUUUUUUUUUUUUCGGAGCUGGGGACCGAACCCAGGGCCUUGCGCUUCCUAGGCAAGCACUCUACCACUGAGCUAAAUCCCCAGCCCCAGCUUUCUACUUCUACCAAAAGCAGUCUGGGGAGGAAAGGGUUUAUUUUAUCUUACGGCUUGUAGCUCACCAUGAAGGGAAGUCAGGGGAAGAAUUCAGGCAGGAACAGAAUAGAGGCCAGGGAGGGACUCUGCCUACUGGCUUGUUCCCCUUGGCUUGCGUGGUUUUCUUUCAAUUUUCUUUCCUUUUUUGUUUUUAAGUUUGUCAGGACAUGGUUUCUCGGUAGCCAUGGCUAUCCUGGGACUUACCUUGUAGACCAGGCUGUCCUCAAUCUGUUUGCCUCUGCCUCCCAAGUGCUGGGAUUAAAGGUGUGCGCCACCAGUGCCUGGCCUCAGCCUGCUUUCUUACACUACCCAGACCAGCUGCCCAGGGGAGGUACCACCCACAGUGACCUGGACCCUCUUAGAUCAACCAUCAGUCAAGAGAGUGUCCAAGAUUCACCUAAAGACCAACCCUAUAGAAGCAUGCUCCAAGUAAGAUUUCUCCUCCCCAGAGGGCCCUACCUGUGUCAAGUCCACAUAAAAACUAAUUAGUUAGUUCAA